UCUGUGAACCUUCAUCGUCAGAAAAGAAACAUGAUUCUGACACCCUUCGGUAGCCUCUGCGGCGCCUGCAGGAUCUUUGCUUCUCACAAAGGAAGUGAGAAGCGUGUUUUUCAGUCAGUCGACGGUCAGACAGGAUGCUGGUAACACCGUUCUGCCUGAUGCUGACCUGCCUUCAGGUCAGCCCUGACCGGUCCCAGUUCUUCCGCUACGACUCCAUCUCCCUGAGCUGCGAGGAUCUGAUCAACUCCACCGGCUGGAAGGUGAAGAGGAAAACUUCAGACAGCGGGGUCAGGCCAUGCUACUCCGGCUGGGGCUUCCCCUCCGCGGCCUCCACCUGCACCAUUGGUAACACCUACCCCACGGACACCGGGGUGUACUGGUGCGAGUCGGACACAGGGGAGCGAAGCAAUGAGGUCAACAUCACCAUAACCGAUCGCGCAGUGAUUCUGGAGAGUCCUGCCAUGCCGGUGUCGGAAGGAGCUGCUGUGGUUCUGUACUGUAAAGCUGAGACCAACGCCUCCAAACACAAAUACAACUUCUUCAAAGAUGGCCGCCUCAUCAGGAGCAACUGCUCAGGAGAGAUGACCCUUCUCAGCGCUUCCAAAUCCGAUGAGGGUCUCUACACCUGCAGCGCCGCAGGGCUUGGAGAAUCAGAAGGCAGCUGGCUGACGGUCUUCAGUGACCCAAACAAUCAACACGUCCAGCUCACCUCAGUGUCAUUUCCUGGUUCCAGACUGUUGUGUCACCUGAUAGUGGGGAUACCUUACCUGCUGUCCACCAUCUUACUGGGACUCAUAUACAGAGACAGGAAGAGAGAGAAACUGGACAGUAUUUAUGCAUACAGUGUGGCCAUUAAAUAG